AUGGCCACUGAAAACGUGUCUCGCCUUCAGGACUUUGUGGCCCACUCUGACAAGGUCAACUGCAUCGCCAUUGGCCGCAAUGCCGGUCGCUACUUGGCAACUGGUGGUGAGGACCGUAAGGUCAACAUCUGGCACAUUGGCAAGCCUAACGCCGUGGCCACACUUGCUGGCCAUACAUCUCCGGUCGAGUGUGUGCGCUUUGACAACACCGAUGAGGUUGUGGUAGCUGGGUCUUCCUCCGGCACGCUUAAGCUCUGGGACGUCAAGCAAGGCAAAGCCGUGCGAACGCUCACGGGUCACAAAAGCAAUAUCCGGUGCCUUGACUUUCACCCCUAUGGCGAUUUCAUCGCCUCGGGCUCUCAAGAUACCAAUCUCAAGAUCUGGGACAUUCGCCGCAAAGGCUGCAUUCAAACCUACAAAGGCCAUACAGAGGCCAUCAAUGUUCUCAGCUUCAGUCCUGAUGGCCAUUGGGUCGUCUCUGGUGGCGAGGACGGCGUUGUCAAGCUGUGGGACUUGACAGCAGGCAAACUCAUGACCGAGUUUCGAGACCACGCCGGCCCCGUCACAGAUCUGCAAUUUCAUCCUUCAGAGUUUUUACUGGCCACAGGCAGCGCCGACCGGACCGUCAAAUUCUGGGAUUUGGAGUCCUUUCAAUGUGUCUCGACCUCCCGCCCCGAAUCGUCGCGCGUCCGGCGCAUCUGCUUUGAUCCUUUGGGCCGAGCCCUGUACAGUGGCUCGAAGGAUUCAUUCAAGGUGUACGGUUGGGAGCCAGAAGUCACGUACGACUCUUUGUCCAUGGGCUGGGGCCGUUUGCAAGAUAUGCACGUGAAAGAUCCGGAGGGAACAACGCUGGUUGCUGCUUCUUGCCACAACGAGAGCGUCAGUGUCUGGCUUGUUGAUCUUCAGAAUAUCAAUUUUGAUCGCAACAACGCAAAACCUGCCGAAACACAAGUGGUCAACCGCAAUUCAACGAUGACCUCGGACGCAGACUCUGCACAGCGACCGCGGGCGCUGCCUCGCGCGCCAGCAGCGACUGCCAACGCCGCACGACCCCGCAUCUCCUCCUCCAGCUCGACUACGGCCUCAUCGGGCGCAGCUCAGCUGAAUGUUCCAGCGCCUAAGACCGAGCCAAAUGGUACCCAGGCCCUAAAGAGGUCCUGGAACAAGACAGAUCGCCCAGUUAUCCCUUCCACUCGCGACAAACCGCUGGAUUUGGACGUUUCCGAGUUUCUGCCGUCCCCGAUUCAAGACGUGAAACGGAACGCAAGUCAGACAGAGGAUGAAUUGCUGGCGAGCCUUCGCUCUGGCCAUACGUCGAUGAUGACCAUCAUGAGCACGCGAGCUCGCAACAUUCAAAUUGUGAAGAAGAUUUGGGCGCAAGGCCGCCAUAGGAAUUUGAUGCUGGCCAACCCAAACGUCUGGACACUGGACUGUGCGGUGGCUGUACUUCCAGCCUUUGCUAACCUCAUCAAUAGCAAGCAUGAAACGUACGUCAUUGCUGCCUGUCAAACCACCAACUUUCUGCUCAAGAGCUUCGGGACGAUGAUCCAUGCAGCGGGGAUGACGGCAGCGGCAGGGCGCAGCGUUGACGUGUCCAAGGAAGAGCGCCAUGAGAAGUGCUGUGCCUGUUAUGAGAGCUUGCAAGUGGUAAAGGAGGCUCUACAAGCACGCAGCGAUGAAAGCGGCAAGCUUGGCUCGGCCAUUCGCAAAGCCAUGCGCGCCAUUGAAGUCAUGUAG